UCCGAUGUGGAAUGUACUCUUACACUCCCCCUCAAGUGGACAACCGGGCCAUUUUGAAUCUAACCGGUUGACCACUUGCAAAUGAACUCCCAUUCCCUUGACUUUUUUUUUUUGAGCGCCAACACCUAAAUGACCACGAGCCGCUGGGAGGGGGAAUCCAUCGAAGAAGCCUUCCUAUCCCUGGCCAAAAAACUCAGCAAGGCCGGGGUCAUUUCAGAGGAGAUUGGCCAAACAUUAAAGGAGAAGGACCAGGUCUCCCAACUCACCCUCCUCCUUGAUUCUGCUAAGUUAGAGAUCAAUAACCGGGCAGAAAGGGAGAGGAGACUUGAGGAAGAGUUGAAGGAAGAAAGGGCCCGGUUUGCCCUUUUGGAGGAGGAAAGGAAGAGAAAGGUUGCCGAGCUCGAGGAUGUGCUGGGCCAGGCUGAAGAAUCUGCCCGGGCAAAGGAGGAAGCCUUUCCCACUGAAGCUGCUCACUGGGCUGCAUGCCAUCACUUGGAAAUUGCCCGGUCAAUUCUCACCACACCGGAAGAAACCAUGGACUUUUUCAAGACCAUGUAUCAAGAGCCGGAAGACAAGAGGAUGAUCACCGAGAUUGGCUCGUACGGCUUCCAGUGCGGCCAGAAGGAUGAGAGGUCCCUCCUUUAUGCUAGGCUUCUGAAGAGGGACCCUUCCUUUGACCCGGCCAAGAUGAAGCUCCCGGCUCUGUACAAGGAAGAGCCAGCUCCCCCCCUUUCCCCUAGAGUAGGUUAGGGUUUGAAUUCAAAAACUUUAAAUUUUCCCAAGGCCUGGGGGAUGUCCGGCCUACUACUGACUUGUGUAAUAUUAUCUUUUGUUUGGCAUGCUUUUCAAUUUACCGGCAUGUUUCUUCUUUCAGUUUGCAUGGUUGAACUCCUUUUCUAUGCAUGGUUAUUGCUUUUCUUUUCCUUUUCUUGAUCGCCUUUGAAUGAACUUCCAAGUCAAUA